AUGGACCUUACAACUUUGUUUUACAAUCUUCGUGAAGAAGUGCCUUGUUCGGUGUGCUCGGACUCAUUUACGGAUCCUAAACACCUCUCCUGUCUGCACAGUUUCUGCUUAAAGUGUUUGAAAGGAUGGUACGAAACUUGCGGCGGCGGAGACGCCAUUAGAUGUCCGAAGUGCCAAACCUUCAGUCAAGUUCUCGCAAGCGGUGAUUUAAAAGAUCUUCCGACCAGCUUUUAUCUUAACGGCUUAAUCGACGUUCUUGCCAUCAAAGAAUGUUCAAAUACUCAAGUGAAAUGCGGCAACUGCGACAAGAAGAGUUCGGUAGCAUCGUAUUGUUUCCGGUGUUGCACAUUUUAUUGCGAAGAAUCUUUAAUCGGUCAUAACAUCAUGCGGAACAAAAAGGAACACCGCGUUUUGAGCCUCAAAGAGUUUCAAGACAAAGACUACGAGGAUGUAUUGAAGCGACCAGUAUUUUGUUCAAGACAAGGACACCAACAGAAGAAACUGAAAUUAUUUUGCAAGGAAUGUGAAACAGCAGUUUGCCAAACUUGUGUUAUGCUAGAUCACAAUGGUCAUAAGUUGACGCUGAUCGAGGAAGAAGCUGAGAAUCAAAGACCCGAGAUUAAAACUGUUAUCGAAACACAACGACAUAGCUUAGACGAAAAAAUGAACGUUGUCGCUCAGCUAGAUGAAGAUUACACUAAAGUGAUUCAACAAAGCGAAAAUUUGAAGGGUAAUGUCCAAAAAUUUGCUAAUGGAUUGAUAAAAACAAUUCAAGCAAAAACGCAAAAUAUUAUUGACGCGGUCGAAAACCAUACGAAGAAGUCCCUUGAAAAUUUAACAGCAAUAAGAGGUGAGAUUCAGCGUCAGAUAAAUAUUAUUGAAUCAUCACUGGAGGAAGCUGCUAAACUUUUAAAAGGAAGCCCCACCGCGGAAGUUGUUCAGCUUAAAAAAAAACACUGCAAACAAUCUUUGAGGGAGUGAAUGAGACAGAGCCUAUUGUUCAUGAUUCUAGAAGUCUGCAAACUUUUGUUUUUGUAGAAAAUCAAAAGAUGCAUGAUAUUGUCAAGAGCGAAAAUAUUGGAUUCUUGGAAGGACCCGGAAAUAGAACAAAAGCACGUUUAUCUUUGGCUGAAGGUGAAGGACUGAAAGAAGGAGCUGUUGGACGUAAAACUCAAUUCAAUUUGAUCACAAGAAACGCACAGAGAAAGCAGGGGUAUGAUAAACAGGAUCGUGUAACGGUGGAGAUCAAGGACGAGCAAGAACAAGAAUGCGUGACGGACGUGCGAAUAGAUGAUAACAAAGAUGGGAGAUACAACGUCAUGUAUUAUCCCAGAAAACAGGAGACAUUGAAAAUAUUUGUUAGUGUAAACGGGGAGGAUAUUCGUGGUAGCCCUUUUACUGUGACAAUAAAACCAUUUCAUGUCAAACCUGUUUUAUCUUUUGGAAAGGAAGGCUCUGGUGAUGGAAUGUUUGAGAAUCCUUUUGGGGUGGCUGUGACUGACAGGGACGAGAUAAUGGUAGCUGACAGUAAGAACCAUCGGGUUCAAGUGUUUGACAGUAAUGGUACUUUCUUAAGAUCUUUUGGCCACGAAGGUAACAAUGCUGGAGAGUUGAAGAUUCCUACAGGAAUAGCCACUGAUAAGGACAGAAAUAUUUUUGUAGCAGAGUAUGGUACCCAUCGAGUACAGAUCUUUAGUUGGGAGGGGAGGCGCCUCGGUUCAUUCGGUGGCCCAGGAAGCCUUGAUAGUCAACUCGACAAGCCCCGGGGUUUAUCUUUAGAUAGUGCUGGUAAUGUUAUUGUUGCUGAUACAGGUAACAAACUGAUUAAGAUCUUUACCCCGGAUGGUAGGUUUGUAAUGAAAAUAGGUGGGCAGGGUUCUUUGACUUAUCCUGUUCACUGUGUUCAGUGUGGUGAAUAUUUCAUAGUGUCAGACUCAAGUGAACACUGUAUAAAAGUAUUUAACAGGGAAGGACAUUUUCAAUACAAGAUGGGUAAGAAAGGGUUAGGAGACGGGGAGUUUAAUUGUCCAUGGUUUUUGUCAGUGACUCAGUCAAAGCACCUGUUGGUUUGUGAUAGGGAGAAUCAUAGAAUACAAGUCUUCGAACUAGAUGGAAAGUUUGUUGGAAAAUUUGGAACAAAUGGCGGCAAAUUAGGAGAAUUUAAUGAUGCAUUCUCCGUAGCUGUUCUAAGUAAUGACCAAAUUGUGGUGUCUGAUUACAAAGACAAUCAGAUCCGAAUAUUUGCAGUAUUUGAAUGA